CCCAAGCAACUCUGAACCCCUCCGUCUCGCUCUCGUCUUUCGCCUUCCUGGCCUUUGCCUACCACCAACUCGAUCGCCCGGCAAGCUACCACGUACCUGCAUUACAGCCUUGUUGCUUUGCUUCCUUUGCUAGUUUCUCCGUUCGGUCGUCUCCUCAUCAACCGGUGGCUACAAGGCGCACAUGCUAUAACAGCUUAGGUAGCUAGCUCGGCCACGACCCUCGACCGACCGCCUCCAUCCAUGAAUCCUCUCAGCCGGCAGAAGAAUGCGCGGUCGCCAUGAGACGACCUGACGCCGCUGCGGCCACCGUCGUCGUCCUCCUGUGGCUCGCCGUGCUCACCGUCGCGUUCCACGGCUGCGGUCGCCUUGGCUGCGGUGGCUUGCUGGGGAGGCGAACAGCAGGCUCGGUCGUCGCCGUCGUCCCGGCAAGGAAGAUGCUGCUCGCCGCGACGAGCUCCGACGACGCUGCGGCCUCCUCAUCGACUGAUCACAACCACCGUCACCACCACCACCACCAUCGGCAUCAGCAUCACCAUGUCCACCGAUGGAACCGGGACGGUAUCAUCCCACCGUCCGCGGUAGGCCAGGGAAAGGCGGGCAUCGAUCCGCGGUACGGCGUGGAGAAGAGGCUGGUGCCCACGGGCCCGAACCCCUUGCAUCACUGAGAUGCUGGCAGCACAUGCAUGGAUCGAGGAGGAGUACUUUCUCAUGGCAGUCGAAGCUGCUGAUUCGAAUUAUUCCUUGGUGAGUGGCGCACAUCGUCUUGCUGUGUUGAUCAAUCGAGUUUUUGGAGUCCGGUAUGUAUUCUUUGAUUGUAGAGGGUGUGGAAGCAAGCCAGCUUGUUGGUGUGAUCAUCGUAUUCAUUGGAAAUCGUGUGUUCAUGUAUGUAAUAAUCUUGGUCUCAAAGCUGUAAAGCAAGUGAAACGAAAGAGAGAGAGGAUAAUCUCUAGCUAGCUACUCCCUCCUUCCCUGUUUAUAAGGCAUACACGUAUAUCAAGAUUCAAACCUUGUCAUCUUU